CCUCUUCUUCCUUAUUUAUUUUUGGUGUUAAAUGUUUAAUUUGUACUAAAAAGGAUUGGGACGAAUCCCAAAAACCAAAAUAAAAAUGAGAAUGUGAAAUUGGGUCUGUUCCCGCAUUCCCGAUCAGGAUUCAGCCACUCUCUUCUCCGUUCUUCGAUCCGACAGUGGUAGUGCUGAGUUUGACUGUCCUAGAACUAGAAGGCUUUUGGACUUCUGUUGAUGGGUGCUCCUAAACAGAAGUGGACAGCAGAAGAAGAAGCAGCCCUUAAAGCUGGGGUAAUCAAACAUGGGGCAGGAAAAUGGCGCACGAUACUCACAGAUCCAGAGUUCAGUUCUAUAUUGCAUUUGCGUUCAAAUGUUGAUCUCAAGGAUAAAUGGAGAAAUAUUAAUGUGACUGCAAUAUGGGGGUCAAGGCAGAAAGCUAAGCUUGCGCUUAAAAAGAACCUACCAACACCUAAACUUGAUAACAACCCUUUGGCUUUGGUUACUGUAGUUCAGAAUGUUGAAGAAGUUGUUGAUGCUAAGCCUCUUGCAAUUGCUAGUGGAACAAUGCGAAAUACCAAUUCAAAAGAACCAAAUGCGAGGUUGGAUAAGCUUAUAUUAGAUGCUAUUACCAAUUUGAGGGAGCUGAGGGGUUCUGACAGGGCUGCAAUUGCAAUGUACAUAGAGGAGAAAUAUUGGGCGCCACCAAACCUCAAAAAGCUGUUAUCAACAAAACUAAAGCAUAUGACAGAAAACGGGAAACUGAUUAAGGUUAAGCAUAGAUACAGGAUUGGAUCAAGCUCAACAGGUGCUGAAAAGAGAAGAAACUCAUCUGUGUUACCUCUCGAGGAAAGGCCAAAGGAUCACUCAGUAGCAGAGAAGAGUGAUGUCAUUAUUCUUACUAAAUCUCAGGUUGAUGCAGAUCUUUCAAAGAUGAGGAGCAUGACUGCGCAAGAGGCAGCUGCAGCCGCUGCACAGGCAGUUGCUGAGGCAGAAGCUGCCAUUGCAGCAGCUGAAGUGGCAGCAAGAGAGGCAGAGGCAGCUGAAGCUGAAGCAGAGGCAGCACAAGUUUUUGCCAAAGCAGCAAUGAAAGCAUUGAAAAGUAGGACGCUUCGGUGUUGGUAAACUACUCUGGCUAAAUUGGUUUUUGUAGGGAACUGUUGCUGGCAUAAAAUUUGAUUCUAAGUACUGGGGGUGGGGGGAAGGGAUUUCCUGCUUUGGGUGAAACAAAUAUUCCUCCCAUAGUUGAGAAAAUGUGUCGGUCUUUACAUGUUUUAAUAAAGCAUACAUUCUACAACUACAAUUAUUCAGGUUGUUAAUCUGGGUUUUCCAUUUUUCAGAUGUGACAUGACAUUAAAUUCACAUGUCAGUGACACAAACGAAAGGAAGAACCGUAUUUGGUAUGUGAAAAUUAUCCCAACCCGGUAUGUCUUCUUCAUGCAUCUGCUGGUGUACAUAAAUUAGGCUUGUAAAUCUGGAGAAUGUGACUUUUAUGUGAACUUAUGUUACUUUUUUGGGGGUUCCAUUGCAUAUGGAGUUUUGUUUUUAGAUUUUGAAAACAGAUGAAAAGUUGUGUAAGAAAGAAAGAGUUAUGGAUACCCCAUGAGAACCCCUUCCCUAUGUUACUCGUUUUGAUUUGAUCCAGAGGGAAGAUCGACUGAACAGAAAAUUAACAAUGUAUGGUAGUAGGAGCAUUGUGGCCCUUUGUGUUCUUACAUUAUUAGUCAUUGUGGACUUUCUCUCUUA